CUUCCCGCAGGAUCGUGACUCGGUAGGAGGAUAUUUUUGCAGUGGAUACAACAUGGACCUUCAGACCGUGAUAUUUGUCGCUUUUGCGGUGGGCGUGGUCAGCACGGCACCCAUGGGCAUGAAAAACAUUCGCAUUACAAUGAACAACACCGGGCUAGUAUGGCAUGACGCAGACCCGACCCCACUCUACGAGUACUACCAGAACAAGGUGUGGGGGUGCGGCAGAGGGUGGUCCCUGCACUCUUGGAAGAAGUUUACCCUCACCUCCGAGGGUCAGGUGUCAAAAGGAAACUGCGCCACCAAAUUUACCGUGACCAAAAACGCCAAUUGUGAGAACAAAGUCUGCGUCAAGCCCGAGAAGAUCCGAAUAGACAGGAAUGGGAUAGAGAUUAAGUUUUCCGGCAUGGUCACAAACGAAAUGAAAACACUAACUGCUACAGACAAGACGAUGCAGACUACCUGUUUUACUGGCAACACUCUCAUGGUUAAUGUCGUCACGGCUUCGUCUGUUACUCUACCCUCUAACGAUUUCGAUUUCAAGUUUGAAAUCUACCCGGAGUGUCCUGGAAUUCCCAAGGAUUUGAUGAUGGAAUCAAACGAAGAUUCCAACAACGUUUCCUGGAUGGCCGAGUUUGCAAAGGGUCAGAUGGAUAACCUUAUUUACGGAAUCCUCACGGCGGGUUGUAUCUGUGUCGUGCUCCUCAUCAUUCUCGUCAUAACGUACUGCUACAUUAGAAAUAACCCGGAUGUCAAACGACCCCGGCGCACAGAAGAAACAGAGCCACUGAGGAAAUCGAUGAAAUAGAACUUAGACGCCUAGUUUUACAAAUUGUGUUGUGCAACUAAUACCGUUGUUCAGAAUCAAGACAACGUGUUUUUACUUUCCGAUGAAGUCGUUUAUGAUUUCGUCAUUUAUAAAUUCUCAUCAUUUACCUGCCAUUUAACAGAGAACAAUUUGUACAAUAUGUCAGCUUAAUGCCUAUUGUAAUACAAAUGUUUGACGAGUUUAAUUUAUAGUUUGAAUCCGAUAUUAAUGAAUGAGAAAUAAUCAUGUCCACGAUUUUUUAUGAUAAUUACUUUCAAUGAACACGUGAGUAAUUUUAUUCACGUAAUAGAACAUACUCUUUCUUGGCUUGUAUUGAAUUUCAUUGAAUGUUUGACUUGCAUAGUGAAAAAGCAAUAAACAUGAAGAAGAAUAAA